GGGAGGCGUGACUAGAGUACAGAGUACCAGCACUUGAUUCCAGGCACACAACAUUGCAACCACAGAACAAAGAUAGAGCCAGGCAGAGCAGCUAUUGGGAGCAGGCAAACACACACAUACACACAAAGGAGAUACAGGACAGAGCGCAGGACAGACUGCCAACAUGAGGAGCCGGUUGCUCUUCUCUGCCUUUCUGUGGAUUAUCUCUGAAGCUCAUGUCAUCCUUCUUACUGAAAUGUUUGGUGAGAUUCGAACACCCAACUUUCCAGAUUCCUAUCCCAGUGAAUCAGAGUUAACGUGGAACAUCACCGUCCCUGAUGGCUUCCGAGUGAGACUAUACUUCAUGCAUUUCGACCUGGAGCCCUCAUACCUCUGCGAGUAUGAUUAUGCCAAGGUAGAGUCUGAGGACCAAGUAUUGGCCACUUUCUGUGGGAAGGAAAACACUGAUACUGAGCAGGCUCCAGGGCAGCAGGUGAUUACGUCCCCUGGGAACUUUUUGAGUCUCACCUUCAGAUCUGACUUCUCCAAUGAAGAGCGUUACACAGGUUUUGAUGCCCAUUAUAGUGCUGUUGAUGUUGAUGAGUGUGCAGAUAAGAGUGACGAGGACCUGAUGUGUGAUCACUAUUGUCACAAUUACAUUGGUGGCUUCUACUGCUCUUGCAGAUUUGGUUAUCUGCUCCACACCGACAACAGAACAUGCAAAGUGGAAUGCAGUGAUAAUCUGUUUACGCAGAGGAGCGGAGUGAUUACCAGUGCAGAUUAUCCCAACUCAUAUCCCAAGAGUUCAGACUGUCUCUACAGAAUUGAGUUGGAGGAAGGCUUUGUAAUUAAUCUUCAGUUUGAUGACGUAUUUGACGUAGAGGAACACCCAGAUGUUUCGUGUCCUUAUGACUACUUAAAGAUCAAAGCUGGAAAAAGAGAGUACGGACCAUAUUGUGGAGAAAAAUCACCAGGAAGAAUAGAAACUGGAAGUAACAGUGUUCAGAUACUGUUCCACAGCGACAAUUCUGGGGAUAAUACAGGCUGGAGACUGUCUUACACUGUCACAGGAACCCCUUGCCCAGACCUCAGGCCUCCCGUCAAUGGAAAAAUUGAACCUAUCCAGUCCAAGUACACAUUUAAAGACCAGGCCGUAAUCAGCUGUAACCCUGGGUACCAUGUGGUUAAGGACAAUGUGGAGAUGGAAAGUUUCCAGAUAGAGUGUCGAAAGGAUGGAACUUGGAGCAACCGGAUUCCCACGUGCCAGAUUGUAGACUGUAAAAUGCCAAAGGAGUUGGAGAAUGGAUUCUCAACCUUCCCUACAGCAGGAAAUAUCACAACAUAUCAAUCAUCAUUUGCAUAUUCCUGUCAAGAGCCUUUCUAUGAGAUGGUUCCAAAUAUCACCAAACCAUACAUCUGCAAUGCUCGAGGGAUGUGGAUCAAUGAGGACAUUGGCACUGAGCUCCCAGUUUGUCAACCAGUGUGUGGAAAGCCAAGUUUUUCCAGGUCUAAACUGGCAAAAAUUGCAAGAGGAACUAUAGCAACGAGAGGAAUCUCACCAUGGAUCGCUAUGUUUACAUCUGAAAGUCGGAACCCAUUCUGUGGAGGGUCUCUGAUUGGUAACAAAUGGAUUAUCACUGCUGCCCAUUGUCUCCACAAUGAACUGAGCCCAGAUGAACCUGUUCUGAGUUCCUCCGACCUGAUCAAACUCUCAUCAUUCUAUGUGAUAUUAGGCAAGCAUAGGACGUUGAAAAAGGAUGACAGUGAGCAAGUUCUCAAAGCUAAGAGAAUUAUACUGCAUCCCGACUACAACCACACUAAUUUCCAGCAUGACAUUGCUCUGGUGGAAUUGUCACACGCAGCUUUCCUCAAUAACUAUGUGAUGCCUAUUUGUCUGCCAGAAAAUCAACCCCAGGCAGAGGACCAUGUGAUUGUCAGUGGAUGGGGCAAACAGUUCCUGACAAAAUUACCGGAUUACCUUCUUGAGAUUGAUAUUCCUGUGGUGGACCACACAUUAUGCAAGACUGUGUACAAGAAUGUAGGAAAAGUUGUGACCGAAGACAUGAUGUGUGCCGGUUUAAAAGAAGGGGGAAAAGAUGCAUGUUCUGGUGAUUCUGGGGGUCCGAUGGUCACUCUGCACUACCAGAAGAAACAUUGGUAUCUGGCAGGGACAGUUUCUUGGGGAGUGGGAUGUGGCGAGAAGGAUUCAUAUGGAGUUUACUCAAAUGUUUACAAGCACCUGGACUGGAUCAAAAAGAAUACUGGAGUGUUAUAUUAACAAGGGACAUCUAAAUGGUUACUGGAAGAACAGUUUCUGUGAUCAGUUUCAUGCAAAAAUUCUGAAAUGCAACUUUUGUUGAAAUUUUAAUCAUAAAGCAUGGGGAUGCCAGCAACCUUGCUGCUUAGUGUCAUCUGAAAUACAAAUUCAUCCUUGUGCAAAACAGAUUUAGGAAAGCUGUACACUUAUCAUCAAUAGAUUGCAUUUUUAAUAUAAAAUGAUUAUGUUGUUUCUGUUGUGUUUUAUUUUAUUGUUUGUGGGGUUUGCAUUAGCCUAUGUUACCUCAUGUGCCAUGACCUUUAUUGUUUCAAGAUCAGUUAUAUAAAAUAUAAAUCAUCUAUGUC